AUGUUUAAGAAGGAAAACCAGUUUUCUACAGUCUGGACUACAACGGAAUGGCCAAAUAAGCACAAUGUGGUGGACGUUUACGAUCGUGAUAUCUUCCCUCCAAUCGCUAACUUUGCUGUACCUUUCUGCCAGGAUACAGACGAACAAUUGGAGGAUCUUGAUGAAGAAGUGCAAAUCACUCCAAUUGUUGUCAAGUUAGCAGGAGCUAUUCGUAACACGAUGGCCCUAAUGUUUGUUUGCCAAGACAAUUUUUAA